GCCAUUUUUGCAAAGCGGUAGGAGAGGAGAAUCUGUGAUAACACGGGGCGAGAGAGCAAACAGAAAGAAAGAGGGAGAAGACGUUUCUCCGCAGAAAAUCAACUCGCAGCGGGCUCGGGUUGAAGCGCAGCAGCAGCUGUCCGAGCCGGGGAGGUCUGCGCCGCGGUUUCCCGGUUUCCUCUUUGUUUAGUGAAAGCCGCAGUGGACGGGCUCUUGUGUUUUGCUCUGAGGCUCAGGCGGCGGGUUUUCCCGUCUCCCCUGUUUUGUUGACAUUAUCUCUUGUGGACAUUUAAGGCUUUGUGGAUGCACUUAGAUGUUUGCAAUGAGCACUGUGGCUGGCAUGCCUCAGUGUUUUGGAUACCAAUGCUUAGGACCCCGUAGGAAUCGAAUUUAUCAGACGCGAACGUCAUGAGCAUAGUGAUCCCGAUUGGGGUUGACACAACAGGAACCUCAUAUUUGGAAAUGGCUGCAGGUUCAGAACCUGAAUCUGUAGAAGCUAGCUCGGUGGUAGUUGAGAAGUCCAACAGUUAUCCACACCAGAUCUACACCAGCAGUUCUCACCACUCUCACAGCUAUAUUGGUCUGCCGUAUGCGGACCACAACUAUGGUGCUCGCCCCCCGCCGACGCCCCCUGCCUCACCCCUGCCGGUGGUCCUGAUCAGUAAGAACGACGCAAGCCUCUUCUCCAGCGCGGCACACUUCGAUGAGACCUCCAGUGCCACCACCAUCAGCACCUCUGAGGACGGCAGCUACGGGACUGACGUCACCCGCUGCAUCUGCGGCUUCACACACGACGAUGGAUACAUGAUCUGCUGUGACAAGUGCAGUGUCUGGCAGCACAUAGACUGCAUGGGGAUCGACAGGCAACACAUUCCUGAUACCUACCUGUGUGAGCGCUGUCAGCCCAGGAGCUUGGACCGGGACAGGGCCAUUCUGCUGCAGACAAGAAAAAGGGAAAAUAUGUCAGAUGGCGACACGAGUGCGACUGAGAGCGGGGACGAGGUGCCCAUGGAGCUGUACACUGCCUUCCAGCACACGCCCACCACCAUCACCCUGACUGCAGCCCGCGUCAGCAAGGGCAGCGACAAGAAGCGCAAGAAGAGUGGCGACAAGGAGCAGAAUGCAGCCAAGAACAAGAAGGCCUUCCGGGAAGGAUCUCGGAAAUCUUCCAGAGUCAAGGGCUCCGCCCCGGAGGUGGACCCCACUGACCCCCCGAACUGCAUGUGGGAGAACAAGAUCAAGGCAUGGAUGGACCGCUACGAGGAGGCCAGCAGCAACCAGUACAGCGAGGACAUGCAAAGCCUGCUGGCCCUGGGGCUGAGAGAGACUGAAGAUGGCAGCAAAGCCCACUUCAACACCAGCAACAACACCGGCUUCAAGCCACCAGUCGAGAGUCAGGUGCAGAAGAACAAGAAGAUCCUGAAGGCUGCCAAAGACCUCCCCCCCGACACCCUGAUCAUUGAGUACCGGGGGAAGUUCAUGCUGCGCCAGCAGUUCGAAGCCAACGGUUACUUCUUCAAUAGGCCGUACCCCUUCGUACUGUUCUAUUCCAAGUUCCAUGGGCUGGAGAUGUGUGUGGAUGCCAGAACCUUCGGGAAUGAAGCCAGGUUCAUCCGACGCUCCUGCGUUCCCAACGCUGAGGUGCGUCACGUGAUGGAAGAAGGAAUGCUCCACCUGUACAUCUACUCUUUCAGAAACAUUCCCAAGGGAUCCGAGAUCUGCAUCGGCUUCGACUUCGACUACAGCAGCUGUAAGUACAAGGUGGACUGCGCGUGCCUCAAGGGGAACCCCGAGUGCCCGAUCCUGAAGCACAACACGGAGCCCACGGAGAACCUGAACAGCGGCUACGAGACGCGCCGGCGCAAAGGCAAGAGGGAGAAGGACGGGCAGAACCAGGACGUGUCUCCGGACACAGAGGGGCCGGCCGGGAAGACCAAGGCAGCGGCAGACAACAUCAAGCAGAGGAAGCUGUCCCCAUUGCGGCUGUCCAUCUCCAACAGCCAGGAGCCAGAUAUUAUUGACGAUGUAGAAGAAAAAACUCCUGUUAGCAGUGAAGUAGACAUGGAGUCAGAGGAACAGCUUGCAGAGAGGAGGAGGAAGAUGGAUAGCCCAGCUGAGAUGUCCCAUCUUGAUUCCACAGGGGGCUCCAGCUGGAUGGGACUGAGGCACAAGGAGACCAGGGAAGAGCGCAAGAUGGAGGCGAUCCUGCAGGCGUUUGCGCGUCUGGAGAAGCGGGAGAAGCGCCGGGAACAGGCGCUGGAGAGGAUCGGCACCACCAAGCCUGACAUCAAGGAGGAGCCCCCCACGCCAGAGCUGGACCCACCGCUGCAGCAGGAGCCUGUGAAGGAGGAGCCGGCCAGCAAGCCCACUCCGGCGAAGGUGAGCCGGAACAAGCAGCGCAAGAGCUUCUCACGGAGCCGCACACACAUCGGGCAGCAACGCCGGCGCCACCGCACCAUCAGCACCUGCUCGGACCUGGCGCCCGGCUCGCCCGGGGAGGGGGGGGACACCCCCGCGGAGCAGAGAGAGGCUGACCCCUCCACACCCCUCCCCGAGGCAGAGGCGGAGCCAGGGGGCCAGCCCGAGAGCUUCGCCCUCGAAGCCUGCCCCCCGCCAAGCAAGACUGCCCCCAAGUACCCCAAAACUAAAAAGCACUUAGUGAGUGAGUGGCUGAGUGAUAAGCAGGAGAAGAGCGAGAUGGCCUCCAAGACCCCCGAGCUGCCUCCGGAGAGGCCCCUGCGCAUCACCACAGACCCUGAGGUCCUGGCCACCCAGCUCAACUCCCUGCCCGGCCUGGCCUACAGUCCCCAUGUCUACAGCACUCCCAAGCACUAUAUCCGCUUCACCUCCCCCUUUCUGGCGGAGCGCAGCAGCAUCAGCAGCAGCAGCCGGCGCAGGAGAGAGCUGCCCGACCCCAUCACCACCUCCACCGGUUCCUGCAAGAAGCGAUGGCUGAAGCAGGCACUGGAGGAGGAGAUCUGUCCAGCUGCAGUCAACAUGUUCAGCGCCCUGCUGUCAAGCGAGGGGCCUCUGAGCCCAGCCAUCAGCGGAGACACAGACAGCCCCCUGUCCAUCAACGGGGGCUGCAACCUAGCAGAGCUGCCAACCCCCCUGAAGAAGCGGAGGCUUUGCCCCUUGGACACGGCUCUGUCAGACAGCUCCACACCCAGCGCCUCCCCCUAUGCCACGCCCACGCACACGGACAGCGUGGACCCCACCCUGUUCACCACGCCGCCGCGCGCCAAGCCCGAGGACGAGACGGGCCGCAACGACUACAAGCCAGUGUACUCCCCUGUCACCCCGUCCACGCCCUGCCAGCACUCUGCCAGCACCAGCUUCCAGAAUGUUUCGUCCCCGGACAGCUCCCCUGAAGUGAAACGGAGAAUGAGCCUGCAAGAGGGACCGGAGAGACCGCCCUCACUGCUGUGUCUGCCCCCUGUCCGGAGCUCCAGCCUGCCAGAGUCAGCUCUACUGGAGAUAAAGUCAAGCGGCACUCUGAGCCCCCGCCCCGGCAGGACUGAAUGCAGCCGGCCAGGCGGUGUGGCCCCAGAAACAGACUAUGGUGGGGGAGCAGGAACAGGAGGAGAGGGGACAGUGGAGCUCUUAGCAGUGUCAGAGAGCAGCGAACCUCCUCACAUAGACUCUCCACCCCCUGUCCCUGCCCCGGCCUCAGAGCGCUCUGACCCAGUGGCCCAGGGAGAUGCGCUAUUCGCUGCCAGAGGGGGGCCCGUCUGGAUGAAGAGUCCUGAGAGGGGCAGCCUUACCUUCUCCCCUGUCAACUCCAACCUGCGGGACCUGACCCCCUCGCACACCCUGGAGCUGGGGGGUGGCUUCCGAGUGAGCGAGCUCGCUGGCGCCCCCUACAGUGAGGGAGCCCUGUACUACCCCUGCACGGAGGAGGGGGCCUACACGCGAGCCCUGGGGGGAGAGGGGCUGGCCGAUGGGGGCGGCACCCUACACAACCCCCCCCAGAAGAAGAAGGUCUCUCUGCUGGAGUAUCGCAAGCGGCAGCGGGAGGCGCGCAGGAGCGGCUCCAAGCAAGAGAGCUUCUCCCCGAUGUCCAUGUCUCCGCGAUCCACAGCGCCUCCUCUGGCUGGAUUCUGCAGCAACAGCAACGUGGUGGAAGUCUGUGUCGCUGCAGAGAUGCAAACAGAGGCCCCGCCUCCUGCCACCCCCCCAGCCCCUGAGACCCAGAACCCCCCUGACAGCAAGGAGCCCCCCCAGGAGGAGACGGAGGGGAGAGAGGGACAGUGGACAUCCUCUACAUGGGUGGAGCAGGCGAGGGAGAGGAGCUACCAGCGAGCACUGCUGCUGAGCGACCACCGGAAAGACAAGGAUGGAGGGGCCGAGUCGCCUCCUCCCAGCCCUCCCUCCUCUCCAUGGCCUCAGUUUCAUGUGCAGACUCCACCUUCAUCUCAUUCUAAACCUGUCCCGCGCCUGCAAAUCAAGAUGCCAGCGCUGUGCCCCAGUGAGGCCUCGGCAGACGGUCCCGAGUGGGAGGGCCCUGACCCAGCGGGGGCGCUAGUGAAGGAGUGUGCGUCUCCCAGCAGCACACAGAGAUCCUGCAAGAGCCCUCCAACGCACUGCAAGCCCUCCUCACCAGCCCAGUCUGCUCCUCACCAGCUGGCCGGGAAGGUGCCAGUGAAGCUGGAUCCGCAGCCUGAGGGGUGCCCAGAGAGCGUCAGCAGCAGUAGCCAGCCCAAACCCCCUCCUCCCUCCCCAUCCUCCUCCCAGCCCCCGUGCAAAGCCAGCCAGCACUGGGAGCAGAAAGCCACCCUGCUCACCCCCUCCAAACUGCACUGUUCACCUGGGCCCGCCUCCUCCUGGGGGGUGCACUUGCCCCUCCUCCCCCCACAGUGA